AUGUCGAUAGUCAUCCACAAUGGUACCCAUACCACAAUUGCUGGCUUCUCCCAGGUGGAUAUGCCCCAAUUGCUGUGUUCCUCGAGCUAUACCAAGAGACCUGAUGGAAGUCUUGAUUUUGAUACAGAUGAGAUUUUAAACGGGCCCGAAACGCCCAUUUUCACUAUAAUGAGCACAGAUGGAACUCCUUACGACUGGGAGGCUUUGGAAAAGCAGUGGAAGUGGAUCGUGGAAACAAAACUCGGUGCCAAAUUGGAGGAGACUCCAUUGGUGGUCACCGUGGCUCCCGAUAUCACAAAGGAAACCAAAAACCAAUACUUGGAAUUGGCUCUAGGUAGGCUAAAAGUCCCAGUUUUUCAGAUGGUUCUGGAGCCCUUGGCAGUUUCUCUUUCGCUAGGACGUAACACCGCGUUGGUCGUUGACAUUGGGGCAGCAAAGACCACUGUAACACCCGUUAUUGAGGGAACCAUAUUGUCGAGCGCAGCAAUACGGUCGCGUUUCGCAGGGGACUUUUUGGACUUCCAAGUAUACGAAACUCUGAAAAAAAGGGCAUUCCCCGAGGAGGAAGAGAGUAGUUCAGCCUGUCCCUCAUUCACGGCGUGGCACAACUCACACACAUGGAUCCAAGAGUUUAAGGCUUAUAUGCUACAAGCUUCUCCUUCAAAGCUGCAAGAGAUGGACUCGGCAACGGCAGAUAUCUUAGGUUUAAACGUGGUCAAGAACUUUCUUUACAAGAAGCAUAAAACAGUUACUUUGACCCAGAAAGACUGCUGCUCCAUUACCGAAGGUAUAUUCCAGCCCUCUACGGCUUCUAGCCAGUUCUCAAACGAAGAGGGUCUGUCAAAUAUUGUCGCGAAAGCAGUCAAGAAAGCGGGCGCAUCUACCGCUCAAAGUGCGUCUGCGGCGAACGUGACCUCUGCGGAGCAAAUACACACCGCUCUGCUCACCAAUAUUAUUAUAACGGGUUCUUCAUCACUUAUUGCUGGCCUUGAGCAACGUGUUGUAAAUGAUCUGAGCUACCAAUUCCCGCAGUAUAAGCUGUCGUCUUUCGCAAACCCUUUGGUGCUCGACCGGAAGCUCCAAAGUUGGCACGGCGGUGUGACUAUGGCAAACCUUCCCUCCUGGGAUCUAGGAGACUGGGUUUCUCGCAAAGACUUUCAAUCCAGUGCAGAUGAUGAACAGUACUAG